AUGUCCUCCUCUCUGCUCUCCUCGGCGUCGGCGUCGAGCUCGUCGCGCUCGAUUGCCUCGACGGCGCCCAGCACGCCGCACUGGCGCUCGCCCAAGAUGCACUCCAGCGGGCCGUCCAAGUCGGCCUCGACGUCGCCGCGCCACCUCACGGCCGCGACAUUCCAGCCGCCGACGUCGCUCGACACGCUCGAGUUCGAGCCGCAGCAGCUGCCGCGCCGCAGCCGUCGCAUCAGCGCAGACAUCGACGCACGGUCUGCCGCCGCUAGAGAUGCGCAGGCACACCGACGCAGCGCCGUCUCGUCGGGCCGCAGCACGCCGGGCGAGUACGAGCAUCCUCCCCAAUUGCACUCGGGCGAGCACGAGGCACCUCGACGCAGCCAGGCGUCCACGCGCCGCAGCAACGGCGUGCGGCCGCUGAGCAUGAGUGCCGCGCCCAACUCGGCCGCGCCGUAUGCCAUCACCGAGCAGUGGUGGGAGCACGUCCUGCCUCCAGGUCAACUCGCUGAGCGUCUGCGUCGCGCACAAGCCGCGGCUGCCGUACCAGCGUCGGCGAGCGCCAACGAUGUCUCGGCCAUACGCGAGUACGGCCACGGCACCGCAGCGCCCAGCACUGCAGACCGGGCUUCGCGACUGGCAGCCGGCAGCCUCGGACGCUCGUCGCCGGCGCAAAGUACGAGCAACGCCAGCAAGCUUGCUCGGCCAGCCAGCCACCAAGGCACGCUCUCCUCGACUGCAGCACCGCGCCGCAGUGCGCUCCGCGCCACGCCGUCCAACAGACAAUGCGAGCUCGAACGUUCGCACAGCGAGAACUCUCAAUCGAGCGACGGCAGCGCAGGCGCCGACGCUGAGAAGCGCCACUCGCCGGAGUUCAACGGCGGCCACUGGAGCGGCGACGGCAAGACGUCGCCUGGCGGCACGGUGCGGGCGCCGCACGCUGCCGGACACUACCCGGCCAGCUCCUUCUCGCGCAGCACGAGCGUGCGUCGUUCACGCGUCAUGAGCGAGGACGGCAUCGGCCUCGGCUUCGGCGUUUCGCACUCCAACGGCAGCAUCGGCAGCUGGGAGCACGCAGCGCCUGGCUUCAAGCCCUUUCCGACCUCGACGGGCGGCCGUGUGUCGCCGGCGUUCUACUACUCCUCGACGCCCGACUUCAGCUCCGAGGACGACCAGCCGCCUGCCUCCAGCCGCUCGCGGCCGCCGCGCGUCAGCACCACGACGCGGACCACGCGCAUCACUCGCACCACAAGCACGACCAGCAUCACCAGCAUGAGCGGUGCGGAGGCGGCCUCUCACGAUGCUUCGCACCGCGAGCAGCGCCGCGUCAGCUUCAGUCACGACGCCAAGCCAGACACGUCGGCCAGCGGCAGCCGCCGCGGCUCGGUGCAAGGCUCCACGCCGGGCGUGCGCAAAGGGCCGUCGGGCACUGCGACGCCGGUCGCCGGCAACGCACACCUGCCGUUCCCGUCGUCGGCGUCGACAAGUCAGCGUGCAUCUCGCAACGAGGCGGCCUUCGACCAGCUGCCCACGCUGCGGACUUGGCAGCCGGCGCACGACACGAGCGCCAGCCGCGACAUGUUCCCCGGCCGCGGCGGCUUCUCGCGCCGCGUGCCUAGUCACUCUGCGCCCACGAGCCCGCGGCAGUCGAUUCACCUUCAGGACCACGAGCGUCCGCGCUUCGAGGGCUUUGGUGUGCGCCACCGCAACGGCUUUGCGGCGGGCGAGAGCAUCGACGAGACGCAGCACCUGCCCGACCUGGCGCUGCUCAACUCGCUCAACCACGCGCACACGCAGCUCGCCGGCGCCGGCAACCUGGCGAUGGCGCUUACGCGGCAGCUCUCGGCGCCGCUGCGUCCGGUCAUGCACGUCGCGCUCUUCCUCAGCAUCUCGAGCAUCACACUCGUCACGCUCGUCGGCUGCCUCAUCGCCUCGUACGUGCUCAGCGUCUGGGACGAUGUUGGCCUGCGUGGCCGCCGCGUCGGCGCUGCAGCGGGACAGGCGCGCCGCAACAUCGAAGGCGGCCUGACGUGGGGUCGCCGCAUGCUCGGCGCGCCCGGCGGCAAGGAGCCGAGCGCGGGCAAGCGCCAGCGCAUCUCUCUCCUCGCGCCGAUCUACUACACCAUCGCUGUGCCCGGCGUGCUGGCGCAGAAGCUCGCGCCCUCGGCGCUGGCAGAGCGGCUCGGCGUCGAGGUGGCCGACAUGCCGGCGCCGCGCUCGCGCCGUGGCAGCAGCGCCGUGGGCAGCGACACAUCGUCCCGUCGCGACUCGGGCAGCACCGAGGCUGGCGAGCCGGCCGCCGACGGCUCGCCCAAGCUCGGUCCCUCGUCGCGGCCCGGCUCGCCGAGCAGCCACCCGAUGCCGCCGCGCCCGCCGCUCUCGCACCUGCUGCCAUCGAUCUUCUUCACCCUCGUCAUCGCCCUCUUCGCCGGGCUCGCCUCAUACCUCACGACGCGCCGCGGAGGAUCCGCUCGCGACGGCAUCUCGACGCCGCCGGUCGCGCCGAUGUCUUCGCGCCGCCCUCGCGCACCCGUCAGCGGGAGCGCCAGCUCGCGCCGUCCAUACACUGUGCACGACGAGAGUCCGCCGCGCUGCUGCUGA